AUGCAUUACGAUCCGCUAAUUGAAACAGCAUCGGUCUGCGAUCCGACCGAAAAUCUUCCCUCCACUUCAUGUCGAACAUGUAAAAACAAAUUAAUGAAAAAACAAACGAUUGAUCAUACUCCAGUCGAAUGUCUUCAUCAACGAUGUGAAUAUUUAGAAAAUGAAGUAACUCGUUUGAAGGAUCAUGAUAUGAAAUCACGAUUGCAAAUCAAAGAACUCGAAACGAAAGUCUUGGCUUUGGAAGAAGUUAUCAAAGGAUUAACAACAACAAAACCAGUCCAAGCGACUCCGUUUAGUUUAGGUGAACGAAAAAAAUUGCAUCAAUCCUUUCAAAAAGCCAAUUCAGAAGAUAUGUCAAAAGAUAUUAACUAUGAUAAUAUUAUUCGACCUCCAAGGACAAAUAGUCGAGAACGUCUUGGACUUUUCGGAAGUCUUGGAGCAUCAUCACAACAUCAUUAA